CUGAGGUAGUGUUGCACAACUUCCCAUCUCAUUUUAGUUCCCAUGCAGUGCAACUGUGAAUGUGAUUUUUCAGAGAUCCUCUCAGAAUAAAUGAAACUGGUAGUUACAAUUACGAUGGUUUUGUUGGCGCAUAUUAGACUAUUUGUAUAUCUUGUCCUUGUAACUGGAAUUUAUAAUGUUAAGGCCUGGACUUACCAUUACAACAUAACCAUUAAUAUGGACUGGACAACAGCUCGUCAGUGGUGUCAGAAGCAUUACACUGAUAUGGUGGCCAUCCAAAACCAUGCAGAAGUUGAAUACCUCAACCAAGUUCUACCUUUCAAUAAAGGAUACUAUUGGAUUGGCAUUAGGAAGAUUAAUGGUAACUGGAUGUGGGUUGGGACCAAAAAGAACUUGGACCCUGAAGCAGAAAACUGGGCAGAAAAUGAACCAAAUAACAAGGGAUCUGAACAAGACUGUGUAGAGAUCUACAUUAAGAGGAUCAAAGAAACAGCCAAGUGGAAUGAUGAGAGGUGCAGCAAAAAGAAAGCAACUGUCUGUUAUUUAGCCUCCUGCUCAAAGGAAUCCUGCAGUGAGCAUGCUGAGUGUGUGGAGAAUAUUGGGAGCUACGAAUGUCAAUGUCUCCCAGGUUUCACGGGGCCACGCUGUGAGGAAGCUGUCCAGUGUCUGCCCAUAAUUGAUGUCCCUGGUGGUUGGAUGAACUGCACUCACCCUCUUUCCAUUCAUAGCUUCAACUCAAGUUGUGACUUCAAGUGUGAGGAAGGAUUCGAGCUCAAGGGCUCAAAUACAACCUGGUGUGACCAGACUGGGAAGUGGACACACAAACCCCCCACUUGCCAAGUUGUAAAGUGUGAUCCACUGAAGCCCGUGUCACAUGGCUCGCUGCAGUGUUCUGACCCUGUGGAGUUUGCUUAUGGCUCCAGUUGCUGGUUAAAAUGUGAUUUUGGUUUUGCCCACAAUAGUACAAAUUCCACUCACUGUACCAAAGAGGGAAAGUGGAGUCAUAUCCCUCCUGUUUGCCAAGCUAUACAGUGUCCGCCACUCUCUGAUGCACCAAGUUAUGGAAGCAUAACCUGCACACACCCUCUCUCCACCAACAGCUACAACUCCAGCUGUGAGUUUAAGUGUGAAGAGGGUUUUUUGCUUAAAGGUGCAAAUUCCACGCACUGUGAUCAUACUGGGCACUGGACACACAGCACCCCGAGUUGUACAGCUGUGGCUUGUGACCCUCUCGUGACCCCUGCAAAGAGCCAUCUGACAUGUGCUGAUCCGCUGGGAAUGUUCUCUUUUCGUUCUUCUUGUAACACUACUUGUGAGGAGGGAUACACACUGAGAGGAGAAACCACACUCACUUGUUUGAGUGAUGGCAGCUGGUCAGCACCAACACCUGUAUGCCAAGUUAUAAGAUGUGAUGCUCUGGAGUCUGGGCAGCAUGGCUCUCUGCACUGUCAGGACCACCUGGGAAAAUUCAGCUAUGGUACCCUGUGCUGGCUGGAGUGUGGAGCUGGAUUUACAUUAAAUGGAAGUAAUUCUACUUCCUGCACCUCACAAGGAAAAUGGAGCCAUGAAUUUCCUGUUUGUCAAGUGGUGACCUGCAAUGCAAUCUUGGCUCCUGCAAAUGGUCAUCUGACAUGUGCUGAUCCUUUGGGGAAAUUCUCUUUUCGUUCUUCUUGUAAUGUUUCCUGUGAUGAGGGAUACAAAAUUAGAGGAAAAGCUACACUCACUUGUCUAAGUGAUGGCAUUUGGUCAGCACCAACACCUGCGUGUGAAGUUGUAAAGUGUGAUCCACUGAAGCCCGUGUCACAUGGCUCGCUGCAGUGUUCUGACCCUGUGGAGUUUGCUUAUGGCUCCAGUUGCUGGUUAAAAUGUGAUUUUGGUUUUGCCCACAAUAGUACAAAUUCCACUCACUGUACCAAAGAGGGAAAGUGGAGUCAUAUCCCUCCUGUUUGCCAAGCUAUACAGUGUCCGCCACUCUCUGAUGCACCAAGUAAUGGAAGCAUAACCUGCACACACCCUCUCUCCACCAACAGCUACAACUCCAGCUGUGAGUUUAAGUGUGAAGAGGGCUUUUUGCUUAAAGGUGCAAAUUCCACGCACUGUGAUCAUACUGGGCACUGGACACACAGCACCCCGAGUUGUACAGCUGUGGCUUGUGCCCCUCUCGUGACCCCUGCAAAGAGCCAUCUGACAUGUGCUGAUCCACUGGGAAUGUUCUCUUUUCGUUCUUCUUGUAACACUACUUGUGAGGAGGGAUACACACUGAGAGGAGAAACCACACUCACUUGUUUGAGUGAUGGCAGCUGGUCAGCACCAACACCUGUAUGCCAAGUUAUAAGAUGUGAUGCUCUGGAGUCUGGGCAGCAUGGCUCUCUGCACUGUCAGGACCACCUGGGAAAAUUCAGCUAUGGUACCCUGUGCUGGCUGGAGUGUGGAGCUGGAUUUACUUUAAAUGGAAGUAAUUCUACUUCCUGCACCUCACAAGGAAAAUGGAGCCAUGAAUUUCCUGUUUGUCAAGCACGGCAAUGCAACCCCUUAAUUAAACCCUCUCAUGGCACUGUAACCUGCACUCAUCCUAAUGGGCAGUUCAGCUUCGGUACAGUGUGUAAUGUGAGCUGUCAGGAAGGCUUCAAACUACAUGGGACACCCCAAAUAGAGUGCUCGGAGAUGGGGAAGUGGACAGACACCCCAGCCUUCUGCUCAGCUCAACAGUGCCCCCAUUUGGCCGCUCCAGUAAAUGGCUGGUUGAACUGUUCUCAUCCUCACUUCUCGUUUAGCUAUGGUUCAAGAUGCUUCCUGGGAUGUGAGACUGGCUUUGAGAUUACAGGAGUGCCAGUCAUGGAAUGCUCUGCUUCUGGGAACUGGAGUCAGGAGAUGCCCUAUUGUGCUGCUGUUCGUUGUGAUCCCCUUUCACUCUCUCAUCUUCCGGAGCUGGGAACUCCACCCUCAAUGAACUGCUCUCACCCCCAUGGAAACUUCAGCUUUGGAUCUCAGUGUACGUUCCAGUGUGCCGAGAGCCAGAAGCUCAGUGGAACCAGUCAGCUCAGCUGCACCUCCAGUGGGUACUGGACCAACUCUCCACCAAGUUGUGUUGUAAAGGAGAUGUCAGUGGGUGCCGGCAUGCUGAUGUAUGCAGCUGUGGGAGCUGCUUCUUCCGCUGGUCUACUUCUAUUCGGAGGACUAAUGUUUCUGUUGAUGCGCCAAUUGUUUAAAAAGAGUAAAAAACUGAUUGAUCCUGUUCCACCCUUGGAACAACCGUUUUUAUACUAAUAAAA